GCUAUGGCAGAAGGUAAUGGUGAGUUAUCGGAAGAACCAAUGAAGAUUGAAACCGAAAUUGAGAGAACAGAAGACUAUCAAAAAUUAUUAGAAUACGGCCUCGAUGAGAAAGUGGCGGCUAAAUUAGAUGAGAUUUAUAAGACUGGUAAAUUGGCGCACGUCGACCUCGACGAGCGGGCCUUGGACGCUUUGAAGGAGUUUCCGGUCGAUGGAGCUCUCAACGUCUUGGGUCAGUUUCUCGACUCCAACUUGGAGCAUGUCUCCAACAAGUCGGCCUACCUCUGCGGGGUGAUGAAGACCUAUCGCCAGAAGAGCAGGGCCGGCUCGAGUCAGGGGACGGCUACUCCCGCGCCUGCCCCCGUCAAAGGCCCGGACGAGGACAAGAUCAAGGAAAUACUCGAGCGGACGGGAUACACCCUGGACGUAACAACAGGUCAAAGGAAGUAUGGCGGGCCGCCGCCUGGAUGGGACGGAUCGCCGCCCGGCAGCGGCUGCGAGGUGUUUUGCGGCAAAAUCCCGAAGGACAUGUACGAGGACGAGCUGAUACCGCUGUUCGAGGACUGCGGCUCCAUAUGGGACCUGCGGCUCAUGAUGGACCCGAUGACGGGCACAAACAGGGGGUAUGCUUUCGUCACAUUUACCACGCGCGACGCUGCUCAACUGGCGGUUCAAAAGCUGAAUGAUUAUGAGAUACGGAAAGGCAAAAAGAUUGGCGUAACCAUAUCUUAUAACAAUCACCGGUUAUUUGUCGGCUAUAUACCAAAGAACCGGGAUCGAGACGAUCUUUUGGAAGAGUUUUCCAAACAUGCACCCGGCCUGAUGGAGGUGAUCAUAUACAGCUCGCCGGACGACAAGAAGAAGAACCGCGGCUUUUGCUUUCUCGAGUACGAAUCGCACAAGGCGGCGUCGCUGGCCAAGCGCCGCCUCGGCACCGGCAGGAUUAAAGUUUGGGGCUGUGAUAUCAUCGUCGACUGGGCUGAUCCGCAGGAGGAGCCCGACGAGCAGACCAUGUCCAAGGUUAAGGUAUUGUAUGUGCGAAAUCUCACGCAGGACAUCACCGAGGAGAAGCUCAAGGAGGUGUUCGAAGGUUACGGCAAAGUGGAGCGCGUCAAGAAGAUCAAGGACUACGCCUUUAUCCACUUCGAAGAUCGGGAUAAUGCCGUCAAGGCAAUGGAAGAGCUGGAUGGAAAAGAGAUGGGAGGAUCGAACAUCGAAGUGUCUUUAGCCAAACCUCCGUCCGACAAAAAGAAGAAGGAAGAAAUUUUAAGAGCUAGGGAAAGACGUAUGAUGCAGAUGAUGCAAGUCAGAGGAGGAAUGAUGCCCGGCACUAUGCCUUUGAGGGGACCUCCUGGACAGGGACCCAGAACAAGCGGAACUAGUAUGAGGGGUCCGAUGGGACGGGGAGAUUACGAUUACGAUUACGACUAUUACGGUUACGGGGACUAUAGAGGCGGCUACAGCGAUCCCUAUUACGACGACUAUUACCGGUACGAAGAUUAUUAUUACGAUUACCCGCCGACGCAAGCUAGAGGGAGAGGCCGGACUCCACAACCGGAACUGGAUGAUGGAGGCACGUUGAAAUCGUCCAGCGUGUACUACGACGUUGCCAGUGGAACACAGCAGGCUGGCCGUGGGCGUGGGGUGGUGGCUCGUGGCCGGGCCGGUGGGCCCCCAGCCCGUGGAGCGGCAGCCAACAGAGCGGCGGGCCGGGGAGGAGCAGCCGGGGGCCGUGGGGCGGCACGCCAAACCGUUCGUGGAGCGGGCCGCGCCAAGGGAAGUUUACCAGCAGGUAAACGGAAGUUUGACGGGGGUCACCAGAACCAAGGGGAGACAAAACGCAGAUUCCAGAGCGAGUGGGGGAGCCAGCCCCUCCCGCAGCAGCCUUUGGGAGGCGGGGGGGCGGCCGACGUGAACGGAGACGAUGACCAGACCUGGUAUCAAGACUCUUACGGCUCCUGGAGCUAAGUGUGGAGUAGUGUAAAGCCCGCGUUGAAAUUAUUCGAAAAAAAAAUAAAAAAAUUAAAUUCGAUCCGCGGGACUGAGUGCUAGUGACCGACCCCUGAUGUCCCCAAUAUUUUGUUCGACAAAAAGAAACCUAUCUGCAUUCGUUUUUUUAACUUGUUAAUUUUGGUUUAUGAAUUGUUGGAUGCUUCAAAAUUUUGUAUUUGUUUAUUGAUGAUGAGUUGUCUCUUGAAAUUAAAAAUUGUGUAUACAAGUUAAACUAUAUUUUUUAUGUAUGUAUAUUGGUUAUUAUGCGAGUUGUUCGGUGCAGCGUCCCCUUGAUUCUGAUGGCUAAUAAGCAACAAGUGGUUUAUGAACACCAUUAAAUUUUAAUAACGUUUAAUAUUAAUACAAUAAGAGUGGGAGGACGCACCCGGUCCUGUUAUAGGGGGCGCUUUUUCGCGAACUCGAAAUUAUUUCUCACAUUGUUGCAACAUUUCGUCACGCAAAUUGACGAUGCUAAAAUCGCAAAAUCUCGAGUUCUCGAAAGAGCACCCUUCAGUCUUUUUUGAAUCGGUGCCGAAUGCGCCAGAUGGCGCUGGCUGCAGACGGCAUCCUUUAUUAUUAUAAUUAUGUUUUUUAUUACUUAAUGCAACAGCUCCCCGACACCGCCCGCAAGCGUCACGCCACUGGCCGCACGUCAUUGUUUUUGUUCUUGUUUUUCGUUUCUCUUCGUCAUCGAGAAAGGAAUUUUUUUCGGUACUUUUUUGAGCUGCGGCCGCGGUCUGGCGUUUUGGGGGGCGUCGGGGGGCAAAUUUCGCGGAGUGAAAAUCUGAGCGCCGUUUAUUAUGUAUAAUAUAAUUAUAUAUUUUUAUCCUGAAUGCAUUUUUGCAUUGUGAUGUUUUUAGCAGUAAUUUAUAAGGAGUUCAAUCAAGCAUAUACUUCUGUUUCUGGCACAAGAACUAGAACAUUUGUUUAAUCAUUUUUCAAAUCGAACUGAGUUACUGUCCAAAGUAAUUUUUGCUCCGAGCAGGAUACGUUACAGCUAAAACACUCAUUAUUUGCAAUUCGAUUGUUUAGGUUCAGUUUAUUAUGAUUGGUUAAUCUUAUUUGUAAUUUUUAAUUAUAUACCCGUAAUGAUACGUAUUUUUAAUUGUAUGUUUUUUUUGGUUUAUCAAUUGAUCCAUAUUUGCUUUUUUGCUUCCCUGGCAUGUCCCUUUCAUUACACAGUAACAAAGUUGUCUUCUUUCUUUUUAAUACUACUUUUUUUGUUUAGUGUGAUGUAGAUAAUAUUCAUUCAAUAUGUACUAGAACUGUAUGCCUAAUAGUAACACAAACGCAAUUUUACGAAAAUAAAAUAAUUAAAAAAAACACCACCAUACCACUGUCUAGGACAAUACGACGUGCAAUCAAAUUGCACUUCUUAUUGUUUAAUAUUUUAUUGGUAAUUUGUUUGGUGCACCAGCUUCAAACAAGUAUUGUUAUGUAUAUCGUCUAUCAAUUUAAUAUGAGAGGACUGAUGAUUUAUAUGUCUCAAUAAACAGUUGUAUGUGUAUUACAAUUUUAAACGAACGAGUUUUAUUUUUAAUUCCCCUUGUAUAAAAAAAUAAAUAAAAG